GAGAGGAAAAGCAGUGCUUGAUUUUGAUCUCCAGCAGAAGCAUACAAUUAGUGCCUGAUAAACUGCGAUGAAGAGUCUUUUCUAUAAUUUUUCACGUGUGGAAAGUGAUAAAAAGUAACAAAUAGUUUGCUUCGAUUGCAAGGAAGGAUCAAGUUGUGGAUGUUCUGUGCUUGGCUACGCUACAGGGAUGAUAAUGCUGGAAAAAUAGAAUGCCAUUAUCUGCUUCGUUGAUUUAUUUUAUAGCCCCACAAACACGCCGUCCUGGUAGCUGUAAGCAGAUCCAAAGAUCCACCGCAUCUUUACUGAUCAAACAAGCAAUGAGAUCAUGCACCACUUAAAUUGAUUUUCACAGUUUAUUUCUGACUACACUAUCCACUUCCUCGAAAGGCCAUGGAUGCGAGCUCAAUACCACAGAUUAAUAUAAAGGACUAUGAUGGCCUUGAGGUUGCCCCAGAUGAUCACCUGGAAACCUUGAAAGCACUGACUGAGAAGCUAAGACUUGAAACCAGAAGGCCUUCAUAUCUUGAGUGGAUGGCACGAGUAGAAGCUCAAAGCUCAAAAGACUUAGUGGUUUCAGAGGGAUCAUCAGAGGAGGAGAAAUGUGCCAAGCUGAAGCCCAGUGGAACACCUCAGAAGAAUAUCCAGAAUUCUGAAGUGAAUGAAGGAAAUAAAUCGAGAUCUACAAGCCUGGGAAGAUUUGGAAAUAUUGACGAAGCUCUUGUUUGGCUUAGAAAAGAACUGAAGGAGAUGCGCUUUCAAGACCAGCAGUUGGCCCGCCAGCUCAUGCAACUACGUGGUGACAUCCACAAACUCAAAGUCGAGCAAACAUGUCACUUGCAUCGCCGAAUGCUUAACGAUGCCACAUUUGGCCUGGAGGAGCGCGACGAGCUGUCGGAUCUUCUGUGUGAUGGACCUGUCUCUCCGGGAUUUGGCCUUUCUUCACCACUGCGUCUCAUUGGUGUCACAAAGAUGAACAUCAACUCGAGACGGUUCUCCCUUUGCUAGCCAAAACCAGAGUGAAGACCAAUAUGAGGUUGUUGCAAGGCUAUAAAUAUUUAAUAAGCAAGAUGAAGGCAAUUUACUGACUGACUCAGUUGCAAAAAUGAGAAAGUGUGAUGCACAAACUACUACUUGGGUAGAAGAAAGGUUCUUCAACGGACAAGUAGUUUAUUGAAACUCAUAGAACAUGACCUACAACAGAACAUCCUGUACCUCUUUCUCCAUGUACUUGUGCCAGUGAAACCACUUUGACUGACCAAAUGAACAAUGGACAAUGACUUUUAAUAAAUGUUUCACCCAUUAGCCAUAUCUCUAUGCUUUAGAGACAAUCCUUUUUGUGGUCAUGAGAUUUCAACAAGUCAGUUUGUUACUUACAACACACAGCCUUAAUUCAGUUAUGUUUAUGUACAGUAUGAGUUUAGAGAAUGGUGUAUCUGUCAUAAGCACAUUAAUAUGUACUUGAUUGAACUCCAGCUUAAGAUUUUUAUCUUCACAGAUUUCUGUUUUAUAUGGAAUAAUGCCCCCAUACCUUGUAAGAAUUACUUAAUUAGUAGUGGAGAGAUAUAGUAUUUAAUCUUGUGUAAAAUGGGUUAUAUCAGUGGUUAAUUGCAGUUUGUUCUUGAGUUGUUCCGUCAGUAUGGAAUGAAACGAGAAGGGUCAUCAUUAUACAGUUGUGUGUACAUUAAGCUGAUGCCAAUCUCUAAAUAUGUAGCCAAUUACUUUUAAUUGGUUCCAUUUUGCCCAAUCUGGGACUUUGGAACAGCGACUAUUAAGCUUGGCAUCAUUCUAAUGGCAUGUUGACAUAAACAAAUGCUUCAACAUAUGUGCACAAAAGCUACGAUAAUAAGUGCCAUUAAAA